UUGAAUAUGGUCGUCCUAUGAUAAUUCAGUCUCUGGACUCAGGGUAAACUAACCGUAAUUGAAUGACUAGGUGUAAAUAUCGCCAGUGUUCAAGGUUGUAUAAAACAUGAACUGCCCGACUGAAGCACUGUUUCCUUGCGGCAAAGGAGACAAAUAGCACUGUUUCGAAAUUACCUGUACUUCCAUUGGCUUCAAACUCAAAAUUAGUUUUGUUUACCAAAGAUGUGCUUUGUUUGUGUAAACGAAGUGAACGUGUGAAAUUACACUGUUGAAGUAAACAUCUUGGAAGGACCUAGUGGGGUUUUAUAGUAGCCAUGUUAGAGAGUUACAUCACCCCAGUUUUGAUGAGCUACGUCGACAAGUACAUAAAGAAUUUGAAGCCUUCAGACCUCAGUUUGUCGCUAUGGGGCGGAGAUGUAGUGUUGUACAAUUUAGAACUACGGCUGGAUGUUUUGGAAAAGGAAUUACACCUGCCAAUAACAUUUCUCAGUGGGAAGAUACACAAGCUACAGAUCCAUAUCCCAUGGACAAAGCUGGGAUCAGAGCCAGUUGAGAUCACCAUCAGCACAUUAGAGUGUGUUGUCCAGUUGAAAUAUCCAGAUCAUAGCCCAAGUGAUCAAUCAAGCAAGGCCUCUGAGGCAGCUUCAGCCAAUAGUGAAAAUGAAAAAGAAGAGCUUGAGAAGGUAAUGGAGGGCAAAGAGGAGGUCCCUCCUUCUGGGUAUGUUCAAAGCCUUAUCAACCGAGUGAUCAACAAUGUAUCAAUAUGUGUUAACAAUGUUAUAUUGAAAUACUUGGAAGAUGACAUUGUCUUGUCCUUAAACAUCAAAUCAGCCGAAACAUUCAGUGUGAACAGCAACUGGGAGAAGGCUUUUGUUGAUGUUGUUGCUCCUGACUUUUUGCUUCAGAAAGUAUGCAAUAUUUCUGAUCUGACCAUCUGUCUUGACAAGCGAAAUUCCAGUGGGAAAAUAGAACUCUACCAAGAUCCACUAUUGUACAAGUGUGGUCUACGCUGUCGAAUGAUGUUGAAGUUUGACAGCCUUCUCAGACCCAUUGAAACAAAGUUUAAUGUGUAUUGUGAAUCUGCAGACAUUUCGCUUACAGAUCAACAGCUUCCAAUGGUUAUUAGAUUGGCUACUCUAUGUCUCAGUCUUUAUGUUGGAACUCUAGAUUUACCUGGUUCUGAGUACAAACCGCACCCAGCAAAAAAAAUUGUUGAGCAACAAGCCAUUUCCAAUCCAAAUCUGAGUUUUACAUCAGAACCACAAGAAGUCUCUACUCAGACAGGCAAUCAGCAAAACCCAAAUGAUGAAGACUGGGUCAACUGGGUGUGGUCUUUUGUUCCUAAUCUCACAGAUGAUCAGUCAGCACUGCUAGCAACACCUCCACCAACACCUCUACUGCUAGCAGGAUUCUAUGUUUCUCAUGUGACAAUUACUAUUAAGUUGACAGGAAAGGUCAGUGAUGGGAAUUUUUUUGGUGGACAGAGAUUUGAAUUCAAGCCUAUGUUGAGUUUUGAAUUGUCAGGAGGAGCAGCUGAAAUGGUAUUGAGAGGAGAUGAAUUUUUUGACGCUCAGGUUGGUGUGUCAUCCAUCAUUGGGUGGAAUAUUGGUAACUGUGUUUGUCGAAGUUUGGAUGUGUCUUCAACAAAAGAAGGAAUUGAAGCAGAUGAUAAGGAAGAUGUUUUUAUCACCAUUGCAAGUCAUAGGGAAGAUUCCUCUGAUUCAUCAGGAUUUCUGACAGGUUCCUUGUUUGACAAUGGAGAAAGAUCUUCUCUAGCAAUUCCUGAUCUGACAUUCAAUGCAGAGGAAUUCUUAAAGAUACACAAUGAGAAACUUGCCCUCAGGAGAUAUGGGGCUUUUUUUGCUGACUAUUUGUACACAAUGGAAAUUGAACCAGAGAGUGAUCAGGAUGCUGGGGAAAAUCAGUUAGAAGGGUUAGAAAUUUUUGGUGAAAUACGACUUGUGAGGGAGAUGUCUUUCAAACGGUUGAUUGUGGGCCCAACACAUUUACAGCUGUCAACAAGUAUGAUGCAUAGAUUGGAGCUUGUUUUGAAGCUGGCAUUUGAUGAUAUUGUUCCAAGAAAAGAAAAAUGUGAGCCAUACUAUGAUGAAUUCAUUGAGAAACAGCUUCUGGCAGGCAACAUUCCAGCUCGUAAUUCCAGCAUCACCCUGGUGUCGUUUACUGCUACUCUACCAGCUGCUGACCAUGGAAAGAUGUCCCAAGGUCCUCUACUGCACCGCACAAACAGCAGCACAGAGCUACACACUGUCUCCUCACAGUUGUCAUUACAGAGCAUUCCUGAUGUUGAAGAUACUGAUAUUGUUCCCGAGGUGGUCUGUAUUGUUCAGAUCAGUAGAAUUGAUGUCCAAGUAACAGAACCAAUGUACCCAACAGAGCUUACUAAACUGACUGUAGCAAAUGCAGAAUACCCUGCUGGCAAAGCCAUGCUCAUGUGUACAUACUCUGAUGUGUCUGCCCAGCUUUUUGGCAUUCAAGUCAGUGUAACGCAGCUUCACUCUGAUGUAAUAGACAUGCCUAUGGUUAACAUCAUUCCAGCAUUCAGUGUGGCUGGAUCAUUAAGAUUUUGCAUUUUGCCUGAAUCGUGGGGUGGAGCAGACCUUCUUAAGAAAGAGGCUCACAUAGAAGUCCCAAACUUUCAGACUAUUUUGACGAAGCCUCAGUUUGUACUCAUGUCUCACAUUGCUGACUCUUGGGCAAGCAGCAUGACAAAAGAAGGAAAAAUGGCUCCAAUUCCCAGAGCAAUUGUUGGUUGUGUGUUCUAUCCCAAUGAUCAAGACUCAGGAGGCAUACAGCCUGAGUUGCAAUUUAAAGUUUCAAACAUCCAAGUGCAGUUCUGUGAGACUCAGUCUGUUGUUGGUGCAAGUGGUUCAGUGGGAUCUGUUUUUGCCUCUCUCAAGUCUUGUGAGUCUGGCACUACUGAAACAACGCCUUUAGUUAAGGGUCCAUCUGACACCUCAGAAAUGUACACAGGCAAUCUGUUUAGGUCAGCGCAUCUGCAGGAGAACUUUGUUGAAAGUACAGGACCGGUUCUAACCUUUACUGUACAGUUACCACAGGCUGCCAUUAGGAGUGGUGACCCUGUGGCACAACCAGUUCCACCGAGUGGUGAUCAGUUGAGCGGUUUGGUCCUGUUUCAUCUGAAGGGUAUCACGGCUUCCCUUGAUCCUUUGCUGUACAAGUGGAUUUGUUACAAGUCUCCUGCACCAAAAGUAACACCCCGUCACAAAGCAGAACGAGAGAGGACUAAGACUACUCGGCAGCAGUCUCUUCCCAAAACCCCAUCAGCCACCACCCCCAGAAAGAAAUCAUUUGCAAGAGGGUAUGGUUCGGUUACCUCUCCAGCGAAAGAAGAAAAAGCAGGUAGCAAACAAGACGAAAGUCCACAAAAACAGAGUCCACUAAAUGAAAGCUCACAAGAAGUAGUGGAUGGACGAAAGAUGUUUGAGAAUUGGUUAUUUGACAAGCUUUCCUUUUUGACAGCCAUGGAACUCCAAGUUCAUAUGAAGAGUGCUGUAUUAUUCCUGCCAGAGAAGCACAUUGCUCACGAGUUUGAAACCAACGAUAUUGCCUCUACAUUUUCCACCCAAUCCUUAAAAACGACAAACAAUUCAUUUCCACCCACACUGGUCAUUUGCCUCCCAAGCUUUAAACUUCUUAGUGCAAACCACGAACCCAUGUCCGUUAGGCAAUCCCUGCCAGUGAAGAGACAUCACAAAGACGCUACACGACGAGAAACGCUACCGUGGACAUUAGAAGCAGAAAAUCUAGCGGUGUACUCCGUGUACGUGAAGAAAAGCUCAUCACUGAAUGGAGAGGAUCUUCAACCCGUUGUACAUUAUUUAUUGUCAAAAGUGUCAUCCACCGCCGUACUUGCAUCUGCUCGAACAUCAUCCGUGCCAAGUUCCUCCCCACUGGCCCCGCUCCAGUUUCUCAAGCCGAGUAGCGCGAGUGGGAGAAGGGUUUCCAUGCUUGGAUUUUGUGUUCACACAGAUUUUCAACCAAUUGAAGUCAGCUGCUGUGGGAAGCAGAUGCAGUUAGUCGCCAACUUGUUGGAGGGUGUUCUCACAACCUGCUCUUCAACCCCAACAUCUUCCUCUUCCGCCGACACCACUUCCGGUAUUCCUACUUCCGUCACCCAUCCCACCGCUCCAGCUAUGAAACGGACAACCUCUCUUGCUUCAUCAUCCUUUCAAGACCAAGUAGAGAGUGAGAUGGCACCAACCGAAACCGUGUCAUCAACGACCUUUUCACAAGUCCAACAGCCUUCCAACGCCAUUCGAGUUUCCCUGUGGUUGCAAUGGACUCUUCCUCGAGUCGUUGCUAAUCUAUAUAGUCGAUCAGCGGUCGAUCAUUCGGCUGUAUGCGUCAGUGCCGAGUUAGAGGACCUAACAGCUUCAGUUGAUUUCAGUGACACCAUACUUCAAAUGCAGUGCAAGAUCGGAGCUUUCAAUAUUUCACACUUCACACACAGCUCUGAUGGUUUCUGGGAACUUGGUCAUUUCAACGGCAUAUUAUUAUCCUGUAAUGACAUCAUCUCGUCCAAAUCACUAUUCACGUCUGCAAGGCGUCCGUCCAGCGGUCGCCGGGAAAAUCCAGGCCCAGGAGCGCACGGAUUUCUCACGAUCAUGUACAAACGCUCCUCCCUUCACUUAAAGAGACGCAGAUCUUCUUCUGUGGAGAGGACUGGUAAAGAGGAAGACCAAUAUAAAGACCAGCACGAAGUGCACGUCAAUAUUCAGCCGUUUGAUGUCGUGUUGUGGUGCCCAGCUAUCGUUUCGGCUCUUAACACGUUUGAUGUAAGCUUGUUAGAGAAGUUUCGUUAUUUGUCUGAAGACAAGAAUGACGCCGAGAAGACAGAAAAUAUGUUCAUUCCUAAGAACGACGAAGAAGCGGAAAAAGCUGAAAGUCUCACUGUUAAUGUUGAACUCUUACCACUUCUUUUUGUCAACAUGAGAAAUCUAAGAUUAUUCAUUCCGGGUUUAUUCGCUGGGAAGGAUCCAAACUCGGCACAGGAAUCGGGAAGAAUUCAUUCUCAAGAGGACAUGGCUGUAGUUCAACUUUCAACAGUCGCUGUUUCUCCUCACCCUGACAACCCAAACUCCAGGAAAGUUUUGAAUCACAAGUUUUACGAAAAGUUUCGUAAAUUCGGUCGUGGCUCCAGGCAAGCCCUGGGCUAUGACAUCCAUGAUGUUCAGUACCAGAUUGAUCUGUGCGGGUUUGGAGUGUGGACGGGGAGUUGGGAACAACUCUGCGAGAAACACAAACAUGAGGAUGACCAGGAACUAGUUGGUAUUGCAGUGGACCAGAAUCCAGCACUCGAGUGGAACACUCAGAUGUGGCGUGGCACAGAGGAAGUUCGCGUCACUCAAAUAAUUUCCGGUUCAGACUUUAGAGUGGUUCUUGCUCCCGCGAUAUCAGUAGAGAUAUACGUGGCAGUGGACCGCUCAACAGUGUCUGAAAGAAUCCAAGUCUGCGGGUGGUCGCUGGAGUUUAAUGUCGUCACAGACGUAGAUUGUUUUCUUAACAAGGAACAGAUUCAGCUGCUUCAGACUCUUUCUGCAGAGAAUCUAAAAACCCUCUCCAAUUCGUGGAGCGUGCCUUUGAAUGAGAGCGCCAAAGCAUCUUCUGACUCUUCUGUAGUCCGUAGCCCAGACGAUGUCUUUUUGCAAAGUGUUGACAGAAUCGACAGCGGGUUCGAGAGCACACGUAGUAAUCUGUCUCCAAAUUUCAGAAAAGACAGGAGUGGAAUUUCAAAAUUUCCUGUGGAAAAAGGCUCGUGCAACACGUACAAACCACCUGAAAAACAAAGUGAAGUUCCGUGGGAAGUCUUCCUUACCGGAAGGAAACUAUCAGCAGCAGUUUACUCUCAAUUUCUACUCGAAGAUAAAUUUGAAGACAGAGUCUUUGCCUCUAAACAAAGUAUGCCGGGGAGGGGCAAAUCUAUUCAGAUUAAACCUGUUUUACGAGUUGAACUGGUUCAUCCUGCUCUGAUCGUGAACACACAGUCUAGUGAUCCAAGGAUUCAGGUUUCCUGUUUUGACAUCAGCAUCACUGGACCUUCUACAGAAAAAGUGUUCAAGCCGCUGCCUGAUCCAGCUGAUUAUACUGAGGAUUGGCUUAAAAGUGGAGCUGGGCUCCCUGAUCCUCACAGUGGUAUUCUGCCAUCACUUGUGACUGUAGACAUCACAGAUUUCCUCUGUGGCAAAGCUGACGUGUUUGUAGAACUGGGCCGUUCUCUUCACCUGAACUUAAACCUUGAAAUGGCUGAAGAAAUGACAGAAUUCCUAGACGGCCUGGUCGUUCUUAAAGAGGAGCAUUUAGGAGCCAAGGGUACCCAGAUGAGAGCGUCAGGAAGGACAUCUCUUUUGAGGUCCUUUUGUUUGAAUACCUCGGAAAUAUUUAUUCAUCUGGAGGCUCCUCCAAUUCCCGGCAAACCCAAACUGCUUGGCAGUCUACUUGGAAUUGAGUCAAAAAUUUGUCUCAAACUCGAUGAACAAGGAAACUUAAAACGAGCAGACACAAGAUUGCAGUUACAUGGGGUGGGUUUAUCUACCUCAGUAUACGACAGAUGUCGUUCGCUGAUUCAUCCGUUUAGCUGCUCCGUCGAUUUGGAGAUGGUUUGGGAGCCUCACAGUCGCGAUCUGUAUCUGCAGAGUGGCCGCGGUAUUCCUCAGCUCUACGCGGUUAUUGAAGCCGGAUUCGUACAGGUCGAUGUUGGUCAAGAGCACGUGACUUGCCUUAGUGUCCUCGCUGAUCUUGCUAAACAGUUUUUCAGUCCAACCACGGUAAAUCAAGAAAUGGAGGAACAUUGUGUUCAUAAGAGUGAUCUCACACCCGUGAAACCUGAGCGGGUUGUUCUAUUUGAGUCUUUUGACGAUAUUCGGGCUGGCUGCUUUAGAUACGUAACUGCCUCAGGGGAGGGAGAGGCGCAUCAUCCAGAGCCGUGGGAAGUUGUGUUUACAUCGGAAUUUAGUGAAAGACCUCCUGCGAUGACUUGGAGGUACCCCGAGCCCCGAGCACUGUCUGCGGUUGAUAUGGUACCCCUGCCUCUGUCGACACCUGUUUUGGUGAACACUUUGAACAUGGGCGAUGAAUAUCAGGUACCGUGUGUUCUUCGGUAUUGGGAUCCAACUCAGAAAUGUUUCAUUACUUACAAAGAGUUCACCCUGUCGGAGAAUAAUGCAACUCACAUUCCACUCCCUGAUCCCUCUAAGGCCCACCCCGCAGAAGUGAUUGUCGCUGCCGAGUGGCAGAUGGUAGUAGACGUGACGGUGGACAUUGAAUACCCGGAUGAUAGAAGCCACGAUGAUGAUGAUUACUUAACCACCUCUUAUGCGUCUCCAUACCGGUCUCUACUGAGUGCUGCUUCACUGGCAGCUUCUGUCAAAGUGAACUCUGUGGUGAAGCCGGAUCUCAAUCCCGCCUUGUCAGCUCAGCUGAAUAUCAGCAUGUUACAAGUCAAGUUCACCAAUCACCUGCACGCGAUCGGCCGAGUUAUUCCCCAGUACCUAAGGCAGUUUACUAUAGAUCCCUUUCUCCCAACGGACCAAGAAUUUUUACUUCUGAGCGUUGAGGGGCUCAGUGGUGUCAUCAAGGAUGUUGGAGGGACUGGAGGGUUCUUACAAGUUCAGGCAGAGUGGAACUGCCACGCGCAGGUGCUGGACUAUGGGGACCUUACCCAUAGACCUCUCUUGAGCCCUUUCGAUGUGGGCCUUACCGUGGCCAUGUACCACGAAGGAAGAACCAUGCCCCCUAAAGCCGAAGAUCGCCCCACGGUUCCCCCUGUGUGGAUUGAUGCUAGUCUUGAAGCGGGAACAAUCUUGGCACAUGUCAGUCAAAGUACAAUCCACACAAUCGCACUGUCCGCCACGGCUUGGUGUCAAACUGGACAGAGUGAGGCUCAGAGGGUUAUUUUUAACCAUUACAUUAUCUGCAAUGACACCAACGAGGCUCUAAGAUUUGGUCAGGUGGACACAGACGAGUCAUUGUUAUUAAUGAGCCGUCACGUGCAUGCGUAUAGUUGGCGAACACCACAUACUGUGAAGGCCUGCCCCAGGCUACACGUGUGUAUCGAGACCGAGGGAGACUGGCGCUGGUCAGAACCUUUUGAUAUUGAUACUGUUGGCGUGUUUAGUCGAACUAUUCAUCAUCGUCUACACAGUGCAACUCUGUUCAUCGAAGUUAAACAGCUUUCUGGUAUGCAGAAGCAAGUUAUCAUUCGCGGAAGUCAUAUCAUUGUUAGUCGCCUUUCAAUCGAUGUUGAUGUGCAGAUUCUUACCAACCCCUCCCUGAACACUGAACAGUCAUCCAAAGCCCGUUACCAGGUUCUUGAGGAUGUUUCUCUACCAGCCAACACAACAUUGCCAUCUUAUGUCAUUUCCCACGGCGGCCUAGCAGGCAUGCGCAUUCGUAUUCCUAACGAUACCACGUGGUCUGACGCGUUACCACUGGAGUAUGGAGAGGGAGGGAGUACAGGGCAUCAUUGUAUUGUGCAGCUUCUCGGAGUUAAAGAUUUCCAGACGUUUUAUUUCUGGUACAACUUAGAGAAACCUGGAUCUCCAGAUCAGAUUAAGGUGACCUUAUCUCCUCUGUUUGUUAUGCGGAGCCAUCUGCCCGAACCAGUCCUCAUGAAUGUAUUCACGGCCAAUACGAACUCGGCUUCAGUCCUUCAACUGCAAGGCCGAGCACGUGAACAACAGAUGUAUAGCCUAAUUCCGAACUCGUGGCAUCACCUGACUUUUCAAUUUACUGGCUCAAGUAAAUGGUCCAGUCCCUCUGUGCCACUGAAUACCACACUAAUAGAAUUAGCCAAUAGGAUGAACAAUAGUGACGAUAAGGAAGAGGACAGACCGCUGGCUGAUAUUUGGCCGUACUGCGAGAAUCAUCAGUAUUUUCGGCGAUGUGAUAUUAUAUCAGAGGAGAAACCAGAGUCUUCUCUGGUGAAGAAUUUAUCACUUGGUUGUGACGUGAACGAGGAUAAAACACAACUUGGAACCAAGAUAGAUGCACCUUCUCAAGAUAUGCGUGAAAACCCGUCCUCAAUCCCUGCUAUUGAGGUACAGUGCCGCGUGAUAAAACGGUGGCCUCAUCUCAGCUCGCUAUUGGUUGAAGUAUUACCCUGGUGUUUGCUGGUUAACAACAUUGCUGUGCACGUGAUCAUCAGGGACCUGGAACGAGACGUUGAUAUAGAUUUGCCGAGUGGCUCAGUCGUGGCGCCUCACAGAAUCACAGGAAAAGUGAAGUUUGGUGCUUAUUUUGGAAACAAAGAUGGCAGUUGGUCCGAAGCAGUGUCUCUUCCAUCGGAUUCACCCAGCACUCGAGAGGCAUCCUCAAACGAUGUCGAUGAAGGCCUGUCUGUUCCGAUCGCUUUCGUGUUGAGUUCGGGUGAUAUUCGUGGUGCUCGUUGGACCAUUACAUCUCGGAUGUGUCGGGGAAUCAAGAUCGUAUCAGUUGAGCAGAGAUUUCAAAUGAUAAACAAUUUUGGAAAGCCUUUAGUUGUCCAUCCUGUUCUAGUGACCUCUGGCAAAAAGAUACCAGUGGAUAAUCUGACCCGAGCUACUGCAGUUAGUUUGUCCAGCGAUCCCAAGCAGUUUAUGCCUAUCACCUCUUGGGACGUGCCUUCUUCCACCGCCGUAGUAGUCAAUGAAGAAGGGGAAUCUUCAUUUAGUGGACAAACAUCUCCUGUGUUGUUUCUCGCCUUUGAAAAAGAACCGCAAUCUUCAACUAGUGAGGUGAAAAACCUUAAAUGGUCACGUGCUGUGCUGGUCACGCCAGAAGUAACUCGUCAAUCCGUGGCAGUAUCCGUCGAUGAUAGCGCUACACUCCCUGUAGUUGUGACGUCACACGUUUCCAACGGUAUAGUCAACAUUGUUGUCUCCCCAGAUCCAUCUCCCCGUCUGCUUCUCCAAAACGACUGCCCCUUCACACUUCAGUUUGGGCAGGCAAUACCUCCGCAAAGCCCCAGCCACGUCAGUGAUUCUCCGGAAAAGAUUGUGGUCGUGGAACAAAUGCAGGGAUUGGGUGAGAUUCCCGCAAUUGUGGCCUUCAGUUCCACUUAUUAUGAACUUCCUGUCAUGCGCGAAUGGUUUGCUACUUCCAGUGAGGUGCAGAGGCUUCCCGAAUUGCACAUUCAAGCGUUGUACGACGUGAACGUGGCAGAAAUAUCAGAGGAAGAAGGUGAGCGGGGAGAGCUAGCUACUGAGAUGACAACUGAAGUUCCUCAAGGGUGGAGUAAUGGCUUUGACUUGAACUCUUUAAGGGAGGUGUGUGUCAACUUGCCUGGGAGGGGACAGGUUCUAUUGACUGUAACUCAAGAAAGACUUUGUACCUGCGUUAAGGUCCAACCGUUGGAAAAAGAUCGUGCGAGGGACAAUACAGUUCAAAGUGUAUCGCCUGUCUCACCAGUUAUCCAUGCUGAUUUAUUCAUUUGUCAGGUAGGGGUGACGAUUAUAGAUGAAGUUACGAACUUCCGAAAUCCUUACGAAGUUUUCCGAAUAACUGCUGAAGGUGUCUCCGUGAAACAUUCUGCGGAAGAAACUUUGAGGGAUAGAGGUCAUAAUUUCCGGGACUUGUCUUUGUGCGUUGGAGCAGUUCAGGUCGAUAAUCAAUUGCAAGACGACAUGUACGAGUUUUCAGUGAUUCUAACACCAAGCAAUGCUCCAAUGACGAUUAAGAGAGUGCCGUCGCAGCGAAGACCUGGUCAUCGCUCAAGAGCUAAGCCGCUGGUCAGUAUCAAAAUUGUGUAUGAGCCUGGUCCGAGCGCAGAAGACAUAUUCCUUAGCUCUGUAUGUGUUACUCUUCAACCGCUGACAAUGUACAUCGAGGACACUUUUCUUUAUCGUCUAGGGGAUAUGGCCGUAUCAUUUCUGCCUCCUCUUCUUUACCACUCGUCAACGUCAGUUAGUCACUUGGAGGGUGAUCGACAUAAAAUUCUAAAUGCAGCUUGUUCAAAUGUUCGACCAAUCUUAAUGGGCGAGCUGAAAAUAACUCCCGUAACGUUUAGCGUCACUCUCCACGGCUCUGCCAAGCUCUUUUUGUCUGUUGAUGAUUCUCCUCUAUCUCUUGGCCAGUUUCACAUGUCUCCGGUUUAUCUCCCAAGUUCUGCCCUCGUUCAGAAGCUCACUUAUCAUUACGUGACCGCAGCGCUAUUCAAGGCGGGCUGGGUAUUGGGUUCUCUUGAACUUCUCGGGAAUCCCGCAGGUUUAGUGAGAAGCUUUAGUCAAGGGGUAGCUGAUUUCUUUUAUUUACCUUAUGACGGGCUGACUCGCGGGCCUGGCGCGUUCGUGUCGGGCAUGUCCCGAGGCAUGUCGUCUUUCGUUAGGCAUCUUUCCACCGGUGCAUUGACGUCCAUCACGAGUCUUGCGUCAAGUAUGGCUCGGAACCUGGAUCGACUAAGUAUGGAUCGCGAAUAUCUCCGACUGCUAGAGGAGCAAAGAUGCAGAAGACCAAAGAAAGUGCUAACAGGAUUAUCGAAAGGGCUUGGAGGAUUCGGUCUCAGUCUCCUAGGCGCUGUAGCGGGUAUAGUAGAUCAGCCCAUCCAGGGAAUACGGCAAGCUAAUGAUGUAAGAGAAGCGGCUAGUGGUGUCAUUACUGGUGUAGGAAAGGGCCUAAUAGGUGUGGUUACCAAGCCACUGGGUGGCGCCAUGGAGCUGGUGUCACAGACUGGGCAGGGAAUCCUACAGGGGGCUGGUUUAACAGAGCUGCCAAAUCGACUCUUCGAUCCUGGAGAAAGGUUGGCGUUUUCUGCUAAGAACAGCCAUUUGAAGUACUUCUGGAAAAUGCUGCACAAUCAGGAAGAUCUUGAUCUUCUUCUUCACUUGGAAGCGACUGUUGUGACGUCAUCUGGGCAUGACUAUGAUGGAACUGUGCUGCUGACCAGAGACACGUUAUUCAUUGUGGGCCAGGCCGCAGAUACCAUCCAGCAAACUCUCUUUAUUAAGGACAUUGACUUGCAAGAGGAUGAAGAAGACAAUAGGAGUGUUGCCGUAGUAAAUCAAGUAGUUAUUGCAAAGGACGAGAGCGAAGAGGCGGAUGGAGUGCAUGACAGUGGUGACCCAGACCGCUUGAGGCAGUUCCUUAAAGAUGCGCGGGCUCAGGCAUUAGAGCAAAUGGCUACCUUGGAUAGCUCUGACAGUAAUUUGACUUCUCCCGGUCAGAAGUUCGUUUUGCUUGUUGACCCUAUGUUAAGAAGAACACUUUUGUUACAGUUUCAAUCGGCUAAGAGGAACUUAAUUUCAGACCCGUAGCUUCCCUGUCCACAUGAAAGGGCUCUUUUGCCAGCUGGACGAAAUCUUGAGACACAUCUGUUUUUGUGGAGAAAAUAACCGCGAAAUUAAACGCCGCGCUAACCCUAAGCCAACCAUCCCCAGUCAAAUGAAAUUUUUUGCGUGUAACUUUUAAAGUGAUAAUUUACACUCUUCAAAGUAGGGUUCAUUUUAAACAUCUACGAAUCAUCUCUUGUGUAAACCCCCUGGUGAAAAACUCAAAAAGUAAGACAAUUUGAAAAUGUUAGGCUUUUUCUUGUUUAUUUUUUAUAGCUGGAUACAUAUGGCCUUCUUAGCAAAAAUAUCGCCAAUUCACGGGAAAACACUUCUGAACAAUUUGCUUGCCGUUCGCUAUCAUGAAGUGUUAAAUAAUUCCUGUAAGAGAAUUAUAAUUGUAUAAGAUGAGGUAUAAUCACAGGGUAUGAUUAUUGCCAGGGUAUUGGAAAUGGAAAACAUUUCCAACAGGAAUUUGUUCCUAGGGAAUAUAACUUGUCUCGAUUUUAUAGCACAGAUAUUAUUGUUAAGAAGUGUGGCUUACACUUGCUAUCAUAUUUAAGUGCACUAUCCUAGCUGAUUUAGGAAUAAUCAAGGUUCUUGGUGGGGAGAAAUUGUUGAACAAUAUUUAAACGAAUCGCUUUAGGUUUAUAUAUAUAUAUAUAUGCAUAGAAGUAAUUUGUAAACAGAGGAUUAGAAAUGUUUGUACCACAGAUGUACAGAACAAUCAUUCAAAUAAAGUUGUCUGAAUUUGA